CUCAUCCAUGAAAGGGUUAACCCUCCUGAGAUGGUAAUUGAUGUGGAAGGAGUUAGGGUCAUUGUGUUAACAUCAUAUGUUCUUUGUAUGGCUGAAUUGGAGGCGUGUGCUGUGGCGCGCAGAGGAAGGGAGGGCAAUCUUGUCCGGAUGCUAAUAAGACCCAAUGGCUAGCGCAAGGUGGAUAAGAGCGCUGAGAACAGAAGGGGGUGGACGAAGCUAGAGAGAAGAUCUCAAAAGACGCGAGAAAUUAGGACGCAAAAAGAGGAUGACAGCGCCAGAGGAGGGAUUUGUAGUCCGGGGAAGUGUCGGACUUUAGGUGUAUGCGCCUCCUAAAGGGGAGCUGGAGAGCAGAGGAGCGGUAAGUGAGCAGAAACCCUUCCAAACACCUGCGUCAAGACAGGUACCUGUGGAGGAAUCGAGUAGACCACAGGAACGCAGCGCCUCUACUGAGAAACUCCUUCAGGAACCCUCAUUGUGCAUCACUUUAAAUACCUGAUGUCAAACUUUUUAAAUACUUUAACUAAUCAGAACACUUUUUGGAACUGUUAAAAACAAUAUCCACUUUGUGGUUUAACUUCUAAUCUUUUUUUUUUUUUACAAUAACAAUCCAAAUACCUCAAAUGUGCACACUUUAAGUUUAUUUUAAAAUACCAGCACUAUUUAUCCAUGAUUGGGUAUGGACCAAGAUCUGACCCUCAUUCAGUUGCUGUCACACACCUGGAACCGGGCUGUCAUCCUGAGCCUCUGAGCUCCAACCCUCCCCAAUGAAGCAGUUCUGGUGGGCCCGCCUGGCACCGCUCGGCCUGCUUGCUGCUUGUACCUGCCUAGGCGUGGUCCAGGGAUGCGGACCCGGUCCUGGGUACGGCACGCGUUCCAGGCCCAGGAAGCUCACACCUAUGCGCUACAAGCAGUUCUUCCCCAACUUCUCUGAGAACACCCUCGGGGCCAGUGGCAGGGCCGAGGGCAAGAUCUCACGCAACUCCGAGCGCUUCAACCAGCUGGUGUGCAACUACAACCCAGACAUUGUCUUCAAGGAUGAGGAGAACACAAGCGCGGAUCGGGUCAUGACUAAGCGAUGUAAGGACUGUUUGAACAGGUUGGCCAUUGCUGUGAUGAACCAGUGGCCAGGGGUGCACCUGCGGGUGACAGAGGCCUGGGAUGAAGACGGCCACCACCCUCAGGGCUCGCUGCACUACGAAGGCCGGGCCGUGGAUAUAACCACAGACGACAGAGAAACAAAGAAGUACGGCAUCCUGGCCCAGCUGGCCGUAGAAGCAGGAUUUGACUGGGUCCAUUAUGAGUCCAGAUAUCACAUCCACUGUUCGGUCAAAGCAGACAAAUCUGAAGCAGUGGAGAGGGGUGGGUGUUUCCCAGGCUGGGCCCGGGUGACGGUUGCUGGAGGGAGACAGAAGACUCUGUCAUCACUAGCAUCUGGCGACCGGAUCCUGGCUCUGUCUGGGACAGGCCAGGUCGUGUAUAGCCAAGUCCUCCUGUUUCUGCACCGGGACCGGGAAAGCCGGUCUGUCUUUCUGUCUCUGGAGGCAGACGGUGGCAACCGACUGGUUGUGACUCCACAUCAUUUAGUGUUUUUAGACCCCGACUGUGGACGUGAUGCUAAUGAGUAUCGGGCUGAGUUCGCGAGCAGAGCCAGAGUCGGUGACUGCGUCCUCAUCAGCUCACCGGGGGGUCAAACGGAAACAUCCCGAAUCGUAUCUGUCUCUCUUACUGAAAGUGUGGGAGUGUUUGCGCCCCUCACUGAAGCUGGAACUUUGUUUGUUGACGGGGUGCUUGUGUCCAGCUACGCACUGCUGGAGGACCACGACCUUGCACACUGGGCAUUUGGACCUUUACGGCUUCUCCAUUCACUGAACCACUUCUUUUGGGGGGAAGACGUAAAAGGGGAGCAAAAAGCUGGCUCUAAGAGUGCAACACAGUUUGGCACAACAGAAAAAGUAAGUAUUCACAUGCAAAACAAUCUCAGUGAACCUCUUCGAGUGAAAGAUCAAGAGCAGUGCUCCUUGAAGACAUCCGAAAUACACUGGUAUGCUAGAUUACUCUACAGAUUUGCAUGCAUCUUCUUAGACUCCAAUAUUUUCCAUGCUUAAAAGUUGAAACAUACUGCAGGCCGUACCUGAAGUAAAGCUGCUGUUUGUUUCCUUCAGAUAAGAAGGACGUGAGAAUCUGGAAUUGCUGGUUGGCUUUUUACACUACUGUCUGUAUGCUAAUAUACUGUCAAUGCAUAACAUAAGGAGUCUGUAAGAUAUGUUGAAUACUGAAAUCAUUGGUCAAAAAAGAUUAAAAUCAAAUAUUACUGUAUAUCGGUCAGUAUUUGUACAGCUGUUAUUUCUUUUUGCAGUAAAAAAAAAAAGAAAAAUAUGAUGGGAUAGGAAUGAAGUCCCUGUACAACAGAAUCUUUAUUUUUGUACUUCAUGAAUCAUAAUAUAUAGAGUUUGCAUUUUCUUAUUGCUAUAAUAAUUCUACAACUUGUAUUGUAAGCACAGACUUGGUAUCAUAUCACCAAACGAAUAAAAAUGUAAUUCCGUAAAUGCAACAUUUGUAUUUUCUUUAGCUUCUGCACAUAUUAAAGUGAUUUCUCUUUGACUUGUUAAGCAAAAAGUUGCUGGAGGCUUAAAGUCCAUGCAAGGUAAAGAAGUUAACAAAAAGCCCAACUGUGCCACUCCUUGACUUUAUCGCCUUGACAAUAAAGGGUUUCCUCUGUGUGAUUUGCAACAAUUCUGGUUUGAAUUAUGUCAGUUUUAUGACUUUUGAGUUGCUUUUCUUUUACAUGUAUGCACUAUAUUUGUGUGGAGGGCAACAAAUGUCUAAAUCACGUGGAUUCAAUAUUUUUAGCUGUUGCAAAGUAGAUAAGAAAUGAAACAAUUUUCACUUGUUCUCCAGAAAAUGUCCUUAACUUGGAAAGUAUGAGGGCAGAAUGUGCUCUGCUGAGCAACCCGCCAGGAAAUAUGAAAAACAUUUUAUUUUGACUUUGAAAUGAAUUUUCAUGCUUUUGUGUAUGAUGCAUACUGAUCGUAAUACUUUUAUAAUUACUCCCAUUUUACAUUUACAAAAGCAUAUUUGUAUGCAUUUUUUUUCUUUUUGUUUCUAAUAAUUGAAAAGGUUUGGGGAAUUGUUGGUCCUAAAUAUACACCUGAGGAGAAAUUGUGCCCCCAGCAUGCACAUUAAACAAUCCAAACUCUUUUAUUUGUUACCAAGACAUAAUGCUGGAAAAGGUAAAUGAGGAUGAGGUUAUACACCCCCUUGUGGAGGAAUUGUGUAUUGUCACCCGGAUCAAAUAAAGUGGUUUUUCAAACAUAAAA